AGAGAACACAAAACCAACAACGCAGGACAAUACGCGCAAACUUGGACAACGAGAAAAAGCAGGUGCUAUAACACAUUCCAUACCCUGUAUAACUGUAUAACAUUUUUCUACCAUGGCAACUGAUUGUGAGGCAUGGCUCAAUGCAAACCCUGUUGAGGUUGUCGAUCCCAGUGACUCCUUCCCCUCCGGGGACGAGGAGAGCAUCUUUACUGGAAACGUCAAAACUGAGGUCAAUGGGAACUGGAUAACGGCCCCCACCGGCACCAUUCAUGAGGCGAAACUCAAGGCCAAGGUGAAGAGACGUCUGAGGAAGAACUCCUCCCGGGACUCUGGCAAGGGCGACUCGCUCAGCGAUAACGGAGAAGUGGUCCGGUCUGCGGUUCCGCCCACCAGUCCUAAGGGCAAACUGCUGAACAGGAGGUCGAGGAUGGGGAAGGGACGAGGACUGCCAAAGAAAGGAGGAGCGGGCGGUAAAGGUGUUUGGGGAACACCUGGGGAAGUUUACGAUGAAGACGAGGUCGAUUUCAAAGAUCCCAAUUACGAUGCGGAACAGGAAAAUUGUGUGUAUGAGACGGUUGUCCUCCCUCUGGACGAAGAGACCUUCGAGAAGACGGUCACUCCUAUCGUACAAGAGUACUUUGAGCAUGGUGAUGCUAAUGAAGUGGCGGAAUUGCUUGCCGAGCUGAACCUGGGCAGUAUGCGCGGCAAUGUCCCUAUGCUAGCCGUGUCGCUUGCACUUGAGGCGAAAGCCAGCCACAGAGAGCUGACGUCACGACUGCUCAGUGAGCUCUGUGGUCAUGUACUGACGGCCGCCGACAUGGAAGCCUCUUUCCACAAACUGCUCAAAGAGCUACCUGACCUGGUGCUGGACACGCCAGGUGCUCCACAGAUGCUUGGCCAGUUCAUUGCUCGAGCAGUUGCGGACAACAUCUUGCCCAAUAGCUUCAUAGAUGGCUACAAAGGACGAGUAGACUGUGAAUAUGCCAGAGCUGCUCUGGAUCGGGCAGCCGUGCUGCUGAGAAUGAGCCAAUGGACCGGCCUACGCAUUGACAACCUCUGGGGCUCGGGCGGCGGCCAAAGACCUGUCAAUCAACUCAUCAAAGAGGUUAACCUCUUGCUAAAGGAGUACCUGUUGUCAGGCGAUACAUUGGAGGCAGAACGGUGCCUGAGAGAACUGGAAGUACCACAUUUCCAUCAUGAGUUUGUCUAUGAAGCACUUAUCAUGGUGCUGGAAUCUAAAGGUGACAGAGCACUUCAAAUGAUUCUACAGUUGCUGAAGUCUCUCUGUGCCUCCACAGUCAUCACUGUGGAUCAGUUGAGACGGGGAUUUGAGAGGGUCUACCUCGACAUGGCAGAUAUAAGUAUUGACGUGCCAUGUGCCUACUCGCUCCUUGAGCAGUUUGUGGAACGGAGCUUUAAUGCUGGUGUCAUCGAUAAAAAACUCAGAGACCUCUGUCCCUGUCGGGGCCGGAAGAGGUUCAUCAGUGAAGGAGAUGGCGGGUGCCUUAAACUUGAAAGCUACUGAGUUCAGGAGUCCCACAAGCCAUUUCCAUGGCAGCUGCUCCAGUUUUAGCAUUAACUGGAGCUUUAUAUUUCUUUAAGUUGCUUGUAUUUGUCACGAAGGUUAAAGUACUUAACUUUCCUCCUGUCAGAACACAUGGGACUGAAGGGCCAGGCACUUAAAUCUGAAGGAGACGUAAUUCCCCCCCAUCCUUCUGAUAUGUGACUUCUAUAAACUAAUCCUGAAAGUGCCACACUUAAAAUGACUUAGUCAUUCCAUGUUUUGUAUUCCUGAGUUCACUGCCACUCCUGUUCUCCAGUUAGCAGUGUUUCUAGAGACUUGUACAGAGCUUUAUAAAUGGAAGAGUGCAGGCACAUAAGUUCAGAGCUCUUUCUCCCUUCUAGGCUGCUUUUUUUUUGUAUACUGUGCUUGAGUAUAUUUUUCCUUUUAUUUUUUUCUUUGACCUUUCAAAGAUGUCAUUUCGGAUGGUCACUGCAAAAGGGCGAAACUGAGCAAUGUAAAGCAGCUGGGAUCAUUUCACAGAACAGUGUCAAGAACAUUUAUUUUUAUAUUUCAGUAGAGUGGUGGGUGUGAAAUGUACUUGUGCUUGACAAAUAAAUAA